AUGCCGCAGCGGGGCCUGGCCAUGCGUCGUCGCACGACCAACGCCGUGCGUCGCCGUGUUCGGGCCCUCAUUGAAGCCUGUGAUGCUGAUCCGGUGGACGUACGCGCUCUACGGGCGCUGGCUACUGCCGAGAACGGCUUUUGCAACAAUGUGACAAGGUCUCAAGUUUGGGCCCGCCUCGUUGGCGUCGAUCCCUCGGUUCGCGGCUCCGUCACGGAUGUGGAAGUUGAGGACUCUGUUCGACGACAACUCGAGGUGGAUGUGGCCCGCUCCCUGUGGAAAUACCCAGACAACAUCAAUGCUGACCAGCGCGAGGUGCUGCGCACCCGCCUGCUGAAUAUCAUGUUGAACAUCUUGCACGAGUACCCGGAUCUGCACUACUACCAAGGCUUCCAUGACGUUACGGCUGUCAUCAUGCUAACCUGCAAAAAUGACGCAUUGACGCUUGCCAUUAUGCGGCGCCUCGUACGCUGCCAUCUCAAAAAUUAUCUCUGUUCAACCAUGCAACCCGUGAUUCAGCAGCUGGAGUUGCUUCCUGUUCUACUGCAGCAUCUGGAUCCCGAGUUGAAUAAUUUUAUCCAGCGGGCGGGUGUGGAACCAACGUUUGCCGUGAGCUGGCUGAUCACUUGGUUUGCACAUGACAUUGACGAACUGCCGCGAGUGCAACGCCUCUUUGACUUCUUGUUGAGCUGUCAUCCUCUGGGCAUUGUCUAUCUCAUCGCGGCGGUGGUUGAUCUGCAUCGCGAGUCCAUCAUGGCCCCGGAUGAGAUGAUCACGGGCAGCGCUGAUGACUUUCCUUUUGUCUACAAGCGCCUCACAACCCUUGGCCUCUUUGAUGUAGAGCGUGCCAUUCAGACCGCGCACAAUCUAAUGCACGAAGUGCCCGUUCAGCAACUAUACCAGCAAGUCACAUGGACACGCGCGACGCGCUAUUUGCUUCAAGCCAGCGUCACGGCCCGCUACCAAAGCUUCAUGGCCACCAUUGUACAUCAGCCUGCGCACAAAGCCUCGGCGGCCGACGAAUUCGAGGAUUACCGCGACGCACCCGCCUCUGGGCUUGGUGGCGUCUUUCGGCAAUUGGCGCAUGAAACACCUCGUAUCCUUUUCUAUCUGACGACGGCCGUGACCAUGGCCUCCACCAUGUAUUUUGUUCAAACCGGCCAAGCGCCUCUCUAA